AUUUUAAAAAAAAAUGAUAAUAUGAAGUGAAGAGAAGUAAUAUGAAAUGAAAUGAUAUGGUAUGAAAUAUAAUCUCAGUAAAGCUGUGGUAAUUUACUGAGACUUUUUCAGUGAAAUUUUUGGAGGAUCCCGAGAAGUUACGUCCAGCGGCUUUGUUUGAUUUUCCCAUAUUUGUGACUUGCACAGAUAUUAUAAAGUUAAUAAAGUACCGUUAUUACACAUUUAAACCUGAAGAAACACUAAAUAGAAAAAAUAAAACAAAUCACACAACUUCACUCCUCGGGUUCCCGCCAAAAAGUCCAGGUUAUUUAGAUACGAUUUUGACAGACAACUUUUCGAUUUUGUUCAGAAACGUAUCUGUUUGAGUUUUAUAAUUUUCCAAAGCCGUGGUGGCUCGUCUAUCUUGUCAAGUCUUUAUUUACAACGGAAUUGCUAGCAUUUGUGUAAACUUUAGUGACGUUGUGUAAAUUAUUUUGAUUUCCUAAUUUAGUGUUUCUUCAGGCUUACAUUUGCAAUAGCGGCGGCUUAUUAACUAGUUGGUAUCUAUAAAAGUGCUCAAAUGUGAGAAAAUGAAACAAAGCCGCUGGACGUAGAUUCUCGAGGUCUUUCAAAAAGUCUACUGAAAAAGAUUACUUAAUAACCACCAUUUUAGUGAGACUUUAAUUCAUUCCAUCCCAUUCUGUUUCAUUUAACUUCAUCCCAUUUAAUAAAAGUCUCAAAUUAAUCAACUUCAUAUAAUUUUUCAUGUGACGGAUUAUGACAAUAAUAAGACUUGGCUUAAAGGUCGCGUUGCCACCCUAUAAAAUCUUUCUAAACGAAUAUUUGUGAGAAAUGUGAAUGAUCCAGCGUGUGUAUUAAAAUAAUCUUCCACUAUUUCGCUUCAAAUGUUUUUACUCCCAUAACCUUUUUCGUCGAGAACGCGUUACUGUAUCUGCAUUUUGUUAAAAUUUAAAGAAACGUCUUUUAUUUUAUUUUUAAUUGACGGUUCCUUGUUUUGCGUGUUUAGACACGAUAAACUGAUAAACCGACAUUUAUUGUCUGAGAUUUAUUUAAAUAAAAAUUUAUCUUGAAAAUGUCACCCACAAAAUUAAAUGUAUUCUUUUCAUAGCUACUGCUACAAGACAUUAAAGUAAAGCUGACAUCUUUUUCCCUCUGUGACUUGCCUAUGUCUAUUAUCUAUGACUUGGCUGAUGAAGGGCUCCUCUGAGAGUUACCCCAAUGGUCCUCUUAUUAAAACCAAGAUGGCCAAAAUGUCGAGUUACCAAUGGCCAUAAACAAAUCAUAAACCUAAUCAAUCGUUCAGUCGGACUAAUAUAAUAUAUUACCAUAUUAAGUGUAUAAUAUAUGUAUGUAUAUUACUUUACUAGCCGACGGCGACUAACACAUGGGUCGUAGGUCGAGGUUUCACAACUAAACGUGCGUCCACACUGCACAGUAUACUAUUAGAAUUAAAAACAAAAAUUAAGUUAUCAAUGCCCUAGUAUCUAUUACGAAGAAGCAAAGUUCUAAUUUCAAGUGUCCCAGUUGAAAAUCAUGCCGUAUUCGAUCGAUUCAAUCGAUUUCUUUUAAAUAAAAAAUGGUAUAGAACUAAGAAGGAAGCAUUCUGAUUUAGUGAUCGAUUAUCGACAAAGUUCGUCCCUACUACCUGGAAGCGCUGCGUUCAUUUACAUCACUCCGGAUUGAACUCCUGAACUCAAAUACGGUGUUUCCUGAUGUCCUUCAAACGUGGCUUGAUAAGAAUCCGCUCCCAUAAGCGCCAGCUUGGUUGUGCCCCUGACCUUGCUUACCUCCAUAGGCGACCUUUUUUUUAUUGCUUAGGUGGGUGUACGAGCUCACGGCCCACCUGAUGUUAAGUGGUUACCGGAGCCCAUAGACGUCUACAACGUAAAUGCCGCCACCCACCUUGAGAUAUGAGUUCUAAGGCCGAAACGCAUUACUGCUUCACGACAGAAAUAGACAGGGUGGUGGUACCUACCCGUGCCGACUCACAAGAGGUCCUACCACCAGUAAAGAGGAAAUAUCAUAUAGUGGGCCACCGGUUUGCCUUUAAAGGACACACAAAAAAGCAUUGAUGUGAGUGCUGGCGAACAUCUUCCAACGAAAUAGAGAUAUACUUAGUCUGGCCAUAAAUACUGUUACAAUUAAAAAUAAACAAAAUAUUACAUUUGAAUUUGGAAUCUGUCAUUUUUAUAUGAUUGCUCAUUGAGUUUUCUCAUUUUGGCGCCAAUACAUUGUACAAUAUUUUGCGAUAUUAAAAUGGAGAGGCCUGAUAAAGAGAACCGAAUCGCUGUGAUUGCAUUACACAUUAUAGGUAUGGAGCCAAAUGCAAUUUUUAAAACUCUCCAUACGCUUGGUAUUAGUAAAAUGUUUGUGUACCGGGCUAUUAAUAGGUGCAAUGAGACCUCCGUCUCGCGAUGCUACCCGCGGUUAUUGUCGUACCGCGGGUGACGCCGCGGAGCGAAGCUAGUCUAAAAAAAGUUGCCUAAGUUACUCCUUAUAUUAUUAUAAUCAGCUACUUAUCAGUGAAAGUCCCGUCAAAAUCGGUCCAGCCGUUCCAGAGAUUAGCCGGAACAAACAGACAGACCGACACACAUACAGACAGACAGACGGACAAAAAUUGUAAAAAAUGUUAUUUUGGUGUAUGUAACGUAAAUAUAUUCAUAUGCAUGUAGUAAAAAGCGAUUAUUUCAAUAUUACAAACAGACGGAGUGUCUUUUUAAAUGUAUAGAUAUAUUACUUUAGCCUCAAAGCCUGACCAGAAUAAAAACCAUGAUCAAUUCACUUUUUAAUUCGACUUACAUACAUACUAAGUACAUAUCAAAACUUAUUAUUUUAUUAUUAUAACCUAUAUUUUUGUUAUUCAGAAACAUUUAGUUGGACAUAUCCCUUUUAGAAAGUGCUUUUGUUAAUGUAACUAGAUUAAGAAUUAUCAAUAUCCACGUUCUAUGAUUAACAGCAAUCUCAGAUCAAACAGAUGGAAUCAAAAGAUAUUAUUUAAGUAAUUUAAAAAAAAAGCGGCGCUGACAACUAAAAUUUCUAGUCAACUUUCCUCGAAGACAAAUUAACGCAUAUUAAAAUAUAUAACAAUCAAUAUUCUGUAAUCAUUAUUACUAGACUUUACCUAAUUAAAAGCAUUAAUAGUUCGCUAAUGGAAAUUGUAUUAAAUAAACAUUAGCUGUUUAUAACUCAUUGUCUGUAGUUGCUUCAAGAACAAUAUUGAUUAAAUGUACUGUUUUUGGAGUGAUAUUGACUUUCAAAACUUAAUCGACAACAUAUGAAAGUAAAAUGCCGGAUGCGAUUCAUUUUCGGAUACUUGGUUACAUGACGACUAUAGUUUUGCACGUCGCUAAUGCGGUGAUAAUGAUGUCCUCCUUCCGUGAUGACGAUAUCAAGGAAGUGGAGAUAAGGCAUUAUCAGAAGAUGCAGCCCUUUUUCUUCACCUGUUGGACUUUUGUGAACUCACGGGGCUCAAACCGGGAGUGUUGCCAACACUGGCUCUAGCAAGAGCAGUACUUCGCAGAAUCUACCACCGGAUCGGAAGCGGGACCCACUGAGAAGAUCCGGCGAGAAACUCAGUAGGCUGUGUCUAUGGGUUAAUUCACACGGGUUCGACGAGGACGGUGACCGGACCUUGUGGUACUUAAAAGCACCGUUAAUGGAUCGGGAGGAUCCGUAAUAACGUGUUUAGGGCGACGUCGACUAGCUACAACAAGAGGGUUACAAGAGGGUUUUCAUGUCGUGCCGCCUUCUCGAAGUGGCGCAAUGAUCCCUACUGUAGAUACUUACUGAAUGAGUCAAGCUCCAGGCCAUCAUAGACAACUUCUCGGUGAAUACAUUAACACUUUACAUGAAAUGAUAAUCUUCACAAGGGAUCUUUUUAGCAAGUUUAGUGUCGCGCAGCGAGCUAUGGAGAGGGCUAUGCUUGGUAUUUCUCUACGAGAUCGAACCAGAAAUGAGGAGAUCCGUAGAAGAACCAAAGUUGCUGACAUAGCCCGUAGGAUUAGCAAGCUGAAGUGGCAGUGGGCAGGUCACAUAGCGCGAAGAUCGGACGGCCGAUGGGGCAGAAGGAUCCUCGAGUGGAGACCACGUACUGGCAAGCGCAGUGUGGGACGGCCACCUACCAGAUGGACCGACGACCUGGUGAAAAUUGCUGAGUCACGUGGGACGCAGGUGGCAACGGACUGACCGCACUGGACAUUAGUUGGAGAGGCCUAUGUUCAGCAGUGAACAGUAGACAGGCUGAGAUGAUGAUGAUGAUGAAUGAUAAAUCAAUAAUUAACGUGAACUGCGACACAGUUCUUCCAGGUCGUUUUUUCGGGCUUAAGUCUCUACUGUGAUGUUCAGAUUAUGAGAAACACUAAGAACAAAGCGUACAGGCUACCUGAGAUAUUAGAGAAGGCGAGAGUUGAACUUUUCAAUACGAUCGUGUGGCCAGCGAGCACGCUGGUCUUCACUAUGUUCUGGUUGUUCUACGCGGUGGACAGGGACCUUAUAUAUCCAACUGCAAUCGAUAAGGCAAUAAGUCCAACGUCUAACCACAUCAUGCACACGUAUAUAUUCCCGUUCGUUUUGUGGGAGAUGAUGUUUUACUACAGAGAGCGACCUGCAAAUGUAUUCUGGCGAGCAGCCGCUGUCAUAUCUUUGGAAGUGAUUUAUUUUUUGACGUUAAUAUUCGUCAAGAUGUACUUCGGAGUGUGGAUUUACCCGUUUUUCGGGAAAAUCAAUGAGUUACUAAUUAUACCAGGCUCCUUUACAAUAAUAGCGUUAUUUUUGUACGGCACACAGAAACUACAAUGGAUUUUGUACUCUAUGCUGUGGGAGGGAAGGCGAAAGCCGAUCGUUUUAAAAAUAAAUUAAAAACAAUAAACUAAUAACUAAAUGAUUGAUUCGUUUUUUUUUUUUUUUUCUAAAGUAUUCAAAUUGACAACUAAAAAAAUUAGAAAAAUCGUAUCGGAUAAUAAAAAAAUUGCGACACGAUGGAAUUAUUAGAAAUACGACAAUAAUUACACAUUAUUUCCGAGGAAUAUGUUUUUAUUCAAAACGGCGACACACUAUCAUUGUUCUAGAAGGCAAUCUUUAUAAUUAUUACGAGCUAAACGUCUUUAGGUCAACAUAAAACACCAUUUCUUGGUAAGAACUUGUUUGUUCAAAGUGUAAAAAUUAUUAUAAGCUAAAAACCAAUAGGAAUAGACAUGCGAACACCUCUUAACUGUACGUAGAAGUAGAUCAUUCUAUUAUUGCUGUUAUAAUAUUCUAAUAACAAAUAGAUUAUGCUAAUGCAAUGUUUUGCCUUGUCUCUUAUAGGUUAAGGUUCCAAUUAAAAAUGUUCUUUAUUUCAUAUCUAAAAAGCCAAAAAAUACAUGACACGCCUUACCGUAAAAAAUCGGAGCAUUUUAUAAUUCUAAAUUUAAUAACACAAAUUUCAUUUGCUGGUUCAGAAUAUUUCCGCUAUUCUUAAUAGCUUACGAUAAGGUCUAAAUUCGAUUGCAUAGGAACUUUUUUAUAAAAAUGUACGUUUGGAGUGAGAGUAGCUCAUAGCCGCUUUCCAAUUCACGGUCAAGAGCGUCGGUGUUGUAAGCAGACAAAAGUUUCCGAGAUAUUUCUGUGAUUCUUGAUAUUUUUCUAAAAUAAAAUAACUUUGUUACUGGAUAAACUUUUUUCGUGUAUGAACUAACAACAGUCACACAUUGUUUUAUUAGAUAUUUAUUCGUUUAAUAAUAACGAUUCUACUAAAAUCGAAACAUUGUUAUAUGAAUCGCCAUGGUGAUUUUUAAGGCAGAAAGUGAUAGUCCUUCAGGAUGUAAGCACGGAAGCUAACGAACUUUUAGGAUCAGGUCCUGGACGCUUCGUGUGAGAGAGUCUGCUGAUUUAAACCCAGACAGAUUUCUAUGGCACGAAACCUUCUGACCUAGAAGUUUUCUGACUAACGGCAGAUUAGUAGACUAGCAUGUUCCGAUGCAAGAUCAACUUAUGACUUAUUCAUUAUAAUCUUAAUUGUAGAUUAUCGUAAACUCGCGCUGGUAAGUAUUUCCUUAAAUAAUAAAAUCAUUCUAUUUCUGCAACGUAGUUAUCCGUUUCAAUUUCAGUAGGAUAGUCAUAAAGUUCGUUGGAACUUACAACAAGGAAGAUCUUCCCCCGAGCGGGUGAUUUGGGUCGGUAGAUCGACGGUCCGAAUGUUGUUGUUCCUAACUUGUAUAUAAAGGCAAGCUUAUCUUGAAAUUAACGUUGGCUAGAUUUAGACAUCUGUCAAAUACCUUGUGUUCUAUUACAGCCACUGCCACAGUACAAUUACAAUACGAUUAGGAUUUUGACCUCGUCUCCAUCCCAAGCAUAAAAAAGUAUUGUGUAAUCCACAUUUAAAUAUAUUUUAUACUUUGAAAUUUUUAUACUUUCAAACAGAAAAAACAGCUCAUGUAGGUACUUCAAUCCCAAUUAUGCAGUCUUCAAUUCACACGUCAAAAACAAAUACGAAGAAUUCAAUAAGCAUGGUAAUGCCAUUCGUACAAGGUCGUUUAUGACCUACGACUAAAUAAAAAUGUAAACAUCUCGCGAAUUGUCUCUAUUUUUCAUGGUAACACAUUGCAAUCAUUCCGAGUUCCGACAGUAGCAUUUCACUUCUACACGUUUAGCGGCACGCUACGUGUUGAUCAACUGUUGAUCAACUAAUAAAAUUAAAAGAUAUUUUAUUUUAAUUAAAAUUAAAGUGACAGUGAAAUUAUAAAUUUGCAAGAACAGCAAUACGAAACGCUUGGGUUCUAUAGAGAUUUGAAAAAAUUCAAAAUGGCCGUCUCGUAUGCAGUUUCGCGCGUUUUGAGACGCGCCUCACCGAUUUUCGUGCAGAAACGACACGAAUCGACAAUGGCCAGUUUCACGAAAGACGAAAUAAUGAUUUUACUUAGACCCCCGUUCUCGAAUUGGAGCAACGCCAUCAGGGACGCCGAGAAAGUGGUCGGCUAUCCAACGUCUUUUAUGAAUCUUAGAUGCCUACUGAGUGACGAAUUCGCUAACCUAGCUCUGUAUUUGAGGAAGCUGGUCGGCAGCAAUCAUCUGGUGAUGCAAACCGCAAAAAACGUCCUGUACGGCGACUCUAAGAACUUGCAGCCGUGGGGCCUGAUCAUCCUCUUACUGGCCAAAUCGAUCAGGGCCCAGUCCAAGAAAGCUGAAGAACAGACGAGAGUACUGGCUGAGCUGACGGAGAUGAUACGAACCGGCCACUUGAUACACAAGGGCAUCAUCAAUGUCCCUUUCGCGAAACGUUCAAAAGACACUGAAACUGCGAUAUUCGGCAAUAAAAUCGCUAUACUUCUCGGCGACUAUCUACUUGUGACCGCCAACGCUAUGUUAGCAGAGCUGAGGAACUCCGACGUUUCUUAUAUAAUAUCUACAGCGCUUAAAGAUCUCUCGGAAGGAGAAUUCUUCGGCGAAAGGGACGAACAGAACAUGCCGUUGCCGGGAAGACCUAAAACGCACGACGGCUUGGAGAUAAACUUUGACACGGACUCCAUUACGGUCGACGAGGUAUUAGGAAAGUCCCGAAAGGAAUGGACGGCUAGGACAGUCUACAAUGGAGUCAGCCUUUUAGGUAGGGGCUGCCAAUCGGCCAUGGUCCUUGACAAACAAGGGCGUGACAUCCAAAAGUAUGCUUACCAUUUCGGUUGCCACGUGGGUCUGGCCUGGCAGGCCGCUACGGAACUCCAGAAAUUGACCUCCGAUUCCAGAGGUCACUUCUGUCUGGCAAGCGCUCCGGUUCUUUUCGCCUUAGAAAUGAAUCCGGAUCUGUACAAAAUCAUUGAUCAAGCGAAAAACGACGUUAAAGACGUCGAUUACGAAGAUUUGAAGUUCAAUAUCCUGAAAACGGACGCGGUCGACAAAACUAAAAUGCUAUACGAGGAUCACGCGAAAAAAGCCACCGCUUACAUAGAGAACAUAGGACAGAACGAAUCUGUAGAUAUGAUAAAGAAAUUGAUUAACACAUUCUGAACCCGUAUCACGAAGGCAUUAAUUUUUAUGUAAUACAUAAGGCAGAGGGAUUUCAUGUCCUAAAAGGUGACGUAACACAGGGCGCAAAUAGACAACAACAGAAAAACAAAGAAAAUUACUCUCUACCAUAGAUAAUGUCUUCGACUUUUUGGCGGGAGACCGAGAAGCGAUGUUAUGUGAAUUGUUUUUUUUUUAUUUUUUAUUUAGUAUUGCUCCAGAUUUAAGUACGAAUUAAUGGUGGCUUAUUAACCGAUUAGCAUCUGUGUAUUGGAGGUGGACCACGUUGGAGGUGGUUUCGCGGGUUCAAAGACCCCUGAAGUCUCAAUAAAUAUCCUUAAUUUUA